ACAACGAUAUAAACUUUCGAGAAUUUUUUCUCAGAAAAUUACACUUUUUUAUCCGAUAUAUAAUAAUCUGUAAACGUUGGUAGCCUCAGCUUAGAAGGUUAUUGAAAUUUUUGGUAAAAUAUAAGUUCGUUUAUUUUGUUUGUUGUUAAUAAAUGGGACGUGUUUGUUUAUGUGGAUGUUACCCUCCCGACGUGAAAUUUGUGGACAACAGAACUCCGAAGUUUGAAUUUGGAAACUCGCAGUGUAAGGUUUUAUGAAAAAUCGUCCGGAAACUCAUCGUUCAGGAUUGGGCCGGAUUCAAACCCACCGCAAGUUCCAGUCGCUUCAGUGUUCACCAGCGAGGGCGGCAAAGGUCGCAGAAUUGUCGCGUUUGUUGGCGGCUAAGGUGGUGGAUAUCGCGUGCGGCCGAUUGCAGUUUGGUGGCAAAAGGUGGCGGAAGCAGAGGAAGAAAAGGGGCUUCGAAAGAGAGAAGAAAAGGUUAGAUAGAAUAUAAAAAAGUGGGAGGCAAGGAUUGUGAGAACAAAAAUUUGUUAUUAGACAAAUGCGUGUUUACAUUGGUAUUUCAAGCAUUUCCCAGAUAACCCGCGAAAAGAAAGGAUAAGUGUGCCGGCCCUGAGGCAUUUUCCAGGGAGUCACACCAACGCUCUACUGGUAACUUACGAACUUACUGGUAACUUACGGCAACUUACGAAUCAAAGAACCAUAUGUAGCUAAACAACCUAAUUUACGUCAUCCUACGUCGUGUCGUGGGUACCACUAAGCAUAGCAACCUCCCUUCUUGAUCGAGAUCUGACAGCAGAGAUUUGACGUAAAAGCUGUUCCCCUGUUCCGAGCUCGCUCAAAUUGCUGGACAAUCGCUGCUGUUGAACGAACAGAUAAUAAUAAGUUUUUCGAGACCCAAUUGGAUUUACUAAAAAAAAUGCAUCUCUAGAAAAGUAUACAUUCAAGCAAGAAGAUGGAAAACCUGUUGAAGUCUGGAAACUGGUUUUAUUUCUAUUUUUCAUUUUGUUUUCAUUAAUCUUCCAAGAAAAUAUGUAAAGUUUGACAUAAGUCCGGGUUUUAUUAACUGACUAUCCGAGAAAGUUAAGUUUUGAAAAAAAAAGGCCCGGAUUUAUUUUCUUUCCGAUAAACGAUAUUUCAGAGGUGCUUCUCAAUAUUGACUUGGAUUUUGCUGCAGUUUUUGGCACUGUUUCCAUUGCAUAAGAACAUGGAAAAGUAUAAAGCAAAAUGCCGCGAUAAUACCAAUUGAGCCAAAACCAAAAAAUUCGUAACGAAAAAAUGAGAAGUGAAACGACGUUUUAUCUAUUGCAAAUGCUGAACAAAUUGUUACUAGUUUCCGAAUAUUAAAAUCUUAAUCUCUGUGCAAGUUGGAUGAAAACUUCUAUGCAAUAGGAAAUCAUUUUCGAGGAAAUAUCUGAUUUUUAUGUAAAGUUAUGUGAAAUUUCAUAUUCGUAAAUUUACAUAUUCGUGGUUUCUGUUGUCUCAAUAAAGGUAUAAGAAAUUGUAACAAUUUCGUGAAUGUAUGGGAUUUUUGGAUCAAAGCUCCUGCUUUGUGCAUUUACAGGAUGGUUUGCAUCAUGCUCGUAUAUGACUAUCCGCCAGCCAACUGACGAGCAGAAAAUCGAUAAACGAUUAUCGGUUUCCUUUUUGAACAGUCACUUCGAGUUGUUUCGUUUUUGCCAACCUCAUUCCUGUACUACGGGGGGAUUCUUUGCCCCGUUACACUACGAAAAAUAUUGACUGGUUCCGGGAGCAGAAAAAAUUGGCAAUUCCAAAUCAUUGAGCAGAACUAUAUACUAGAAUUGAACGUAAAAAAAAUUAAUGAUAAUUCAAAAUUCACCAAUAUAAAGCGCUUGUAUCGAUUGUCAAGAUAACAGUUUGAUUCUAGACUUCAAUCCUAGCAAGUUACAAUCCUAAAGAACCAACAUGAAGUUCAUUGUUGUUGUCCUGGCUCUAGUCGCCCUUGUCGCCGCCCAAGAUGACAAGUACACCACCAAGUACGACAGCAUCGACGUGGAUGAGAUCCUGAAGUCGGAUCGUCUUUUCACCAACUACUUCAAGUGCCUGAUGGACGAUGGUGCCUGCACUCCCGAGGGCAAUGAGCUGAAACGAGUGCUGCCGGAAGCCCUGGAGAACAACUGUGCCAAGUGUAGCGCAAAGCAGCGUGAAACUAGCUCCAAGGUCAUCAAAAAUCUCACCGAGAAUCGUCCCGAACAGUGGAAGGCUCUGAAGGCCAAAUACGAUCCGGAUAACAAAUACAUUUCCAAGUACUCCGAUGAUGCCAGCAAGGAUGGAAUCAAACUGUAAGCGUCAUUAAGAGAUGAUCUCAUUUUUUGCGUGAUGUUUUUUCUGGUCAGUGUUAAACAAAUAACAAUAUAUUGAAUAUAAAAAGCAGUCAAAACAAUUUA